GGUUAUAACUUUGGGUUUGGGUUAUAAAAAUCAUUUACUUUUCAUAGUGCAAAAAUAAUAUUAUUCGACAUUUACAUUUACAUUUACAGAAAUUAAAUAACCUACGCCAUGAACUCACUCAAAAAAGUGUGGGUAGUUCCACAACUGUCCAGGUUAUCUUCAUCAGCACCAGAGUUUGUGAACAGAAACCCAAGGAACUUGGAACGAAUGAGAAUCGCUAGGAAACCCGAUGGUUAUCAUUUGGAUAAUCCAGGCAAAAAGUAUUGGCAUAAGCUUUUCCUAAUAGCCACCAACAGAACCGUGACAGCCCAAGUAGUUCACUUUUUAAAUGGACCAGUGAUUGAAGCAAAGACCUCUGAAUGGUGUCUGCGUAAACAGCUUUACAGCAUCACAGAUACCUGUGCCUACAUUGGCUUAGGAAAGGUGUUUGCCCAGAGAUGCUUAGAAUCAGGGAUUACUGAGAUGUACAGUGACCUCACACCAAUUAAAGGAGGGAAAUUGGAAAAAUUCCUGGAUGAAAUAGUCAAUGGUGGAAUAAAAUUGGAAGAAAUGGAAGUUUAUAAGAAACCAAACCCUUGGGAUAUGCACAGACCAGAAAAGCCUUGGGAAGUGACUGAGGAAUAAAUAGUAUUUAGUUUUUAAACUAGUUUAUUAUAGUAUUUAGAAAAUAAAUAUGUUUUAACUUG